GUUAACUAAUAUUCUGGAGGUGUGGCUCAUGCACAAUGGCAGAGAAGAGGUAUCUUGGUAAUCCAUGGCUCUCUGAUUUUACUAAAGAGGGAUGCAACAGUCCCAGUAAAGCCCAAGAAACCUUAAAGUUAUUAAAGCCAAAAAUAUUGACUGAACUAGAAUCAACGUUAAAAAGAAUAGAUGCUCAUUAUAAAUCCAGUGCCUCCUCUGACCAGUCUGUAUACACUGGAACAGGAGGCCUAGCAUUCCUUCAUCUUCACUUGGCAACUAGCAUCUUCUCUGAUGACAAGGAGCGAGCUCAGUAUGAGUUAUCCCUGUGCCUCAGUUUUAUUGAGCCUUCCCUAGCUCACCUCAAGACUCAUCGUAAAACAUUCCUUUGUGGAGGAGCAGGCCCUUUAGCAAUUGCUGCAGUUUGCUAUCAUAAGCUAAGCAGGAGCUCUGAGUCCUUGGAGUGCAUUAGAAGACUCUGCUCCAUGUACAGUGAGAACAAAAGAGAAUUUGAGAGACUUCCUAGUGAACUUUUAUACGGUCAAACCGGCUAUCUGUAUGCUCUGUUAUUUGUUAGCUCGUUCAUUCCAGGGUCAAUUGACAUUGGACUCAUGGAAGAGAUCUCUCAGUUAAUACUCAGUUCCAGUACAAAAGACUCUGAGUUUCCUUUAAUGUAUACUUGGCAUGAGAAACAUUAUUUAGGAGCUGCUCAUGGUCUUGCUGGAAUACUCACAGUCUUGAUGCAAGCAAUUCACUUAAAAUCUAUCUCUAGUCACAUUGAUGCCAUCAAGUCCACAAUCGAUAAACUUCUUACACUUCAAUUCUCAACUGGAAACUUUCCCUCUAGUUUAGAGUCUUGUUCAAAUGAUAAACUAGUUCAGUGGUGCCAUGGUGCACCAGGUUUUGUACACAUGCUAGGAAUGGCUUAUAAAGUUUUUCAUGAUGAGAAGUAUUUGAUUGCUAUGGAAAAAUGUGGGGAAGUUAUUUGGGAAAGAGGACUGCUUCUCAAAGGUUUUGGUCUGUGUCAUGGUACUGCUGGCAAUGCCUACUCUUUACUGAGUUUAUACCAGUCAACUGGUCAGGACUAUCAUCUCCAUCGUGCUAUAAAGUUUUGUGAAUGGUGUAUGACAGAGACAGAAGCAGGAAAACUGCCUGAUAGACCCUUUUCUCUUUUUGAAGGCAUAGCUGGGAAGGUAAUUUUCCUUGCUGAUAUUUAUUAUAAUAGCCAGAAGUGUCAUUUUCCUGCUUUGGGUUUUGAUUCCAAAUGACCUUUUAAUUAUUCAUUAAAAAUAAUUAAUUUAUUGUGCUUAUUAAUCUAUUCGUAAAUUUAUUAACCCUUUCUAA